GGUGCAUGAAGGGAACUGUUUGGCUGGGUGGUUUUGCAGAGAGCAGAGGCAUUUGAGUCAGGGCACACAUGCUUCAGCUGUGAGAGGCCCCACUCCCCUUGGCUGGCUGGCAUCCCAGAGCAAAGGCAGAGAGAGGUAGAGAGGAUUGUCUGAAAGGAAUCUAAAGAGUCAAAAAAGUAGGUUAGGAAGUUGUUUAAAAGAAAGAAAAACAGACUAGGGCUUAUCUGAAUAAUUUGUUUAUUUUGGUAAAGAGGUAGUAUAUUUAGUUGAAAGGUAUGGCAGACACAGGAGUCAAAAAGGAACAUGUACCCCAUGCUGAUAUACCCUAUGAUGAUGAAGAGGUUGCUCUUGUUGGUGCUGCUACAGAGCCAGCAGUAGAUGACGAUGACCCAGCUGAAGAAGUGGACCUGGUGCUGGAUGCUGGAGGCAAGAGUGAAGCUCAGAUGAACGGGGUCAUGGUUCUGUCUCUGCUAGACAAGAUCAUAGGUGUGGUAGACAAGAUCCAGCAGACCCAGAAUGGACUCGAGGCUCGGCAGGAGGCCAUGGAGAAGUCUGUGUCAACCAUCCAAGGGGAGCUGGCGAAGCUGUCCAAGAACCACGUCGACACUGCCAACACAGUCAAUAAAAUGCUGGACAAGGUGCGUAAGGUCAGCGUCAACGUCAAGACGGUGCGCAGUAACCUGGAAAAGCAGGCGGGCCAGAUCAAGAAGCUGGAGAGCAACGAGCACGAGCUGCUCAAGAGACGGAACUUCAAAGUCCUCAUCUACCAGGACCAAGUGAAGACCCCAAAGGAAUCCAAGCCCAGGACAACAGAGAUAGCUGAAAGCAAAGCAGUGGAAGGCCUAGAGCAAAUACCUGAGGAUGGACAAGAAGGAGUUAAAGAAAAUCUCAAUUCUGAUGAAGAAAUUGAAGUUGAAGAAAUUAUCGAAGAGUCUCGUUCAAAGCGUCUCCAACGCACCACCAAACAGCAAGUAGACAACAUAAAGAAGGCCUUCUCCAAAGAAAAAAUGGAGAAAACUAAACUAAAGACCAAGGAAAACUUGGAAAAGACCAAGCAAAGGACCCGUGAGAACCUGGAGAAGACUAGGCAGAAAACCCGUGACAAUCUUGAGAAGACGAAGCACAACCUCGAGAAAAAAAUUAACAAAUUUGGAACCCGCAUGACCCCCAACCUGGAGCGGAGGGCAAAGAUGAAAAGCUCCAAAGAUAAGUUCAAGAAAUCCCUCACUCCUGAUCACACAGAGUUUGCUCGCUCCAAGACAACCGUGUACCGCGUCCCCCCCUUUACUUUCCAUGUGAAGAAGAUCCGGGAAGGGGAGGAGGAGGUAGUGCAAAACACAGAGAUGGUUGAGGUGACAGAAGGAGAGGCACAGCCAGAGGGAGAGAACGGGCUGCAUGUGGAGGUGGAAGAAGGAGAGCCGGUGAAUGUAGAUGGCCCAGAGAUGCAGGGUCUGGUAGAAAUAGCUGAGGACUCUCAGAUGGUCAGGGUGGAACCAGAGCAGCUAAAGAAGGUUGGAAGUGAAUAAAGGCAUACAGAGGACAAGUAAAGAAUGAGAAGGAAACAAUGUCGAUGAAUGAGUCUAAUCGAAAGGACACUGUAAUGUUGUUGGAGACUUUACUGAGGUGAUUGCAGAACGACACCUCAUUUGCUCUUUUGUCAAUUUAUUGUACCCAGAGGCAACAAUGAUUUCCAUGUCUGCUCAUAUCUGUUAUACAAAUAAUAGAUAUGUAUAUAUAUAUAAAUAUAUAUAUAAUAAUGCUAGCUUUUGAAAUAGAUUGCUAUGCUAGACAUACGUGUAUCAAGUGUUUCAAGUGUUUGAUUUUCUUCUUCUUUCUGUUUUUGGUUUGACUAACUGCCUGUCUGAAGCAAAGGCACAGUAAAAAAUAAAGUUUUAAUACCUCGUAAUAAAAGAAAUAUGUUAAGCCUUUCACCUGUUUGGCAUGCAAGCUGUUCUGAAUGACCAGAGGUAGUUUUUGAUAUGGGUGAUGUGACUUUGUACCCAGGUGCCAAAAAGCCUGGGGGUAACCCGAGGCCAAAAAAUAAAAAAUAAAUAAUUUGACAUUUGCACCCUGAA